GCUGCUGCUCCCAGCUGGCAAAGAGAUGGCUGUGUGGCUGUGGGCAGCCCAGAUGGACCAUUCUGCCAUCAUGGUUCACCUGCAUCUCACAGGUACCUGUAGAAUGAAUGGCUUCUGAGAAGAUGAGAAACUACCCUGGCGAAUGGAAGCUUCAUAAGAAAGGAAGUGGCUAGAAACAUUCAAGUACAGUACAGAACCUGAAUGUUGAAGCACAUUUGCAUAAAUCUGCAUAAGCUUUUAAAUGUAUUGAGUGCAGAUUCCUGCCAGCUCUCAGGCUCUUGCUGCUGGCUUACGCUGAGCCACAGGGUGCAGCCAGGAUUUGAUGGGCACAGGAGGCUGCGUGCGGAUUGGGCCCUCUGCAGAUUGAAGCAAAAGAUUAGUUACCUGCCGAUUAAGAGGUGUGGCUUGAACUGUACAAUACGAAAUUUUGGCUCCUCCAUUGCUGGGGGUCUGAGUGAUUUGGGGUCCCUGCCAUACUACACCUACAUGGAGGCGGAGUCUGUCUUCCUCAGCUGACCCCCUUAUCUUAAAUGCUUCUCAAAGAGCUCCCAGAUGGCCUUGCAGUGACUCUUGGACACAAGGGGGCAGCAGUCCUCCACGGACCUCAGAGCCUGCUGGCUCCCAGCUCACCAUCCAUCAUGCCGCAUAGGACCUUAAACCCACACCAGUCUGUUGCACCCAGCGGCAGCAGCAGCACCCACUCUUGUCCCUGGCUAAGCCCUAGAAUGAGAAAGGGCCCUUGCCCAGCGCAUUAGUUUGGUGCCCUGCUGCUCGAAAUGAAUUGUGUUCAAUUCCCAAAGUGCCACUCCUCCCCUUCACUGGGUUGGUGAGCAAAAUGUGCAGAGCAGCACGCAGCCAGGGCCGUCUUUCCCAUACGGCUUAGUGGUUCAUUGCACCAGGGCGCUGGCCUCUCAGGGACGCCCCAGCGAGUGGGGGAGCUGCGCGGCUUUGCUGGCGGACUCCCCAUUCUCUGCACGCCCGCCAGCUGGGCCCGUCAAACAUAUGGCUGGCGGGUGUGCAGCUUCCCUCCCAAGCCUCCUCGGGAAGAGAGUGAUCCUAAGCCUCUGCAGAAACGGCCGGGGGAGGGAGCGAGGGAACCCGCCAGGUGAGGCAGAGGUGGGGGAGGGAGAAGGACGAGGAACGCGCCAAAACGUGUUGCCCCCGCCUGUUAGGUGGAGGAGGAGUUCCUGGAGAAGAAGCGGCUCCUUUCUUACAGUGGGAGGUGGUGAUGGCAGCCACUGAUUUCUAUGGGAACAUUUCUAAUCCGUUUUUGUCCAAUCUCUCUCCCCACCCCAUCCAUGUUUUCUUCCUGAAAUGGCUGCAGCCGACCAGCAAAGGAAAAACUGGUUUUUCCUAUCCUUCUCCCCCACCCUCCCUCGUUUGUGGCUGAAAAUGGCUGUCGCUGACCAGCAAAGCACAAACAAGUAAGGAAGCAAGGAAGUGGGCAAACUUUGGCGCUUUGGAUAUAUGAAUCUGAGCAGGGCCAGGCACAUUCCAUCAGCAGCUCUCCGGAUGGCCAACGGCAGGACGGGCUUCUGGGGGCCCCGGAGGCCUUGCCUCCUCCUCUCCGUCUUCCUCGCUUGCUUCCUUUGGCACGGUGGCGUUGUGGCUGAGAAAAAGAAGCUUCAAUGCGCUUGUAUUGCCGAAUCCGCAAAGGACUUCAAGCCAAGGUGCUUCACAGACCAUUACUCCGAAGUGGGUUGUUCCUGGGAAGUGGACGCCUCUACCGACUGCCCCAAGAAGUUCUUCGUGCGUGUUAUAAGGACUGAUCGAAUCAGUGGCCGAACGAAAUCAUUGGAGUGUUCUCCUAAGAACAAGAGAGGCCAGAAUGCGACCCCCAAGUGUACUUGCGCCCUUCAGACUAAUGAAGUGUAUAGCUUCAUGUAUCUUUUCUCAGUGGAGGCCAAAGGGAAAGGGAUCUGGAAGAAGAGUGUGGACCCUGAUGACAUUGGUAAGGGAUCCUUCGGUCUGGCAGACUCUCCUUGCGCAUUGCUGGGGGCUGCUCUGAAGAACAAGACAAGAGGAGCAGCAUACAAGUGGGGUGGGAAGGGUGGGUUUGUUUUCAUGAUUAGCACCAAUCAAUGCUCAGAGACCUUCCUUAGCCCCUCCUGCAUCCAUCUUAGUACAUUAUGCAAAGUCACCACCUUAAAGGGUGGUAGGUUUAUUGUGGCAGAAACCUUUGUAAUGGAGAGCCCCCUUCUUCAGGUGCCUGGAGAGGGAUACAAGACUUCCCAGAGUAGACUGGCUUGAGAUCAGGGCUGCCAGCCCCAAGCCAUUGCUUUCCUUUGGAUCACAGAACCUAGGGGAGGGGUGGCAGAUGCAGCCCUCCAGGCCUCUUUCACUGCCCCAUUACUGUUCCACACACUCCUAGUUCCUUGGCUAGGCUGAAUUGCAUCUUUUCUUCCUUGUCUGGAUGGAGGAAUGAGCCCAGCCCUGGGUCCCUGGCUGUGGCUGCCACCGCCACCGCCCCUCAGGUGGGAAAUGGCCAGGCUCAGGAGGGAGGGAAGGCGAUCCUUCCGCCAUUUGGUCUCGAGCCCUUUGAUUUCAUCUACAGAGCUUCCAUUGCAGCUUGUCUUGAAACAGUUCUCUUAAAUUUCUUCCCUUGUGCAUUGCUACAUAAGAGUCCAAAAUCAAUUUUCUAUCAUAUCCCAAAAUGAUCUCCUUCCAUAGAAAGUUGGGAAAGAGAAGAAUUCCACUCACCAGAAGAACCCCCUCCCAGUGUUUUCCUGUGGUGUGGGAAGGACCACAUAAUGUAAACCUGUUUGCUUCUGGGGGGGUUUUCCUUCAAAGGAACGCAAACGCAUGACAACGGACAUGCAACUUAAAAUGGAACCCGGCAUGCCAACAGCAACCUAUACUGCUAAAGUGCGUCAGAAAAAUUAUUACCUCGGGAACAACUGGAGUGAUUGGAGCGUCCAGAUAAGUUGGCAAGCACUUGGGUGGAUCAGGUAGGGCACCUGUUGGCAUCCCAGCUGGCAUCCCUGUGUGUUCUGGGCUCCACAUUGUGGGCUCUUUUUUCUGGAUUUUGUAAACCUUCUGGAUUUGUGAAAUAUUCCGACCCCACCCGCAGGAACGUUUGUGCAUCAUCCGGCCCCUUUGAGUGAGUGACAGCAUUUCUCUCACAUUGCUGAAGGUCUUGCAUUUCCAAUCAGCUAGACAUCGAAUUAAUAUGCAGGCCUCUCACUUAAUUCAGUGCAAUUCUCUGCUGUAGACAAUACCUCUUUCUGAAGUCUCCCCAAUGAUUUUUAUGGUUUCUCAUUUAAAUAAAGACAAGAACACACAACUACAUUAACUUGUCCAGUGGUCCAUUCUUAUUAAAUUCCAUACAUAGUACAUAGUGCACAUGCAAUAAGUUAGGUAUUGUCAAUUCAAGUAGCCUCUCCACAUAGAUUCCUGUGUUGAAAGUGGAAUAAAAGUAUCUUCUGUCUCAUUUGUAAAGGAAAAGAAAGGAAGUCAACAUCACCAAAAGCAGGGGUAGGCAACCUAAGGCCCGUGGGCCAGAUGGGGCCCAAUCGCCUUUUCAAUCCGGCCUAUGGACAGUCCAGGAAUCAGUGUGCUUUUACAUGAGUAAAAUGCAUCUCUGGGUUAUUUAUUAUUUAAAAUGCAUCUCUGGGUUAUUUGUGGGGCCUGCCUGGUGUUUUUACAUGAGUAGAAAGUGUGCUUUUAUUUAAAAUACAUCUCUGGGUUAUUUGUGGGGCAUAGGAAUACGUUCAUCCCCCCCCCCAAAAAAUAGUCUGGCCCACCACAUGGUCUGAGGGACAGUGGACCAGCCCACGGCUGAAAAAGGUUGCUGACCCCUGACCAAAAGUGUCUAUCCUUGAAGUGCCUUUAAUUACACUUUUGUGGUGAGUAAGGCCUUCCAAUGGAGCCACACUCCAGAUACUAUUUAACCAGAUCUCUGUGGGGAGUUCUAUAGAUUGUUUCCAAUAUCGGGCUAUUGUAAAUUGGGCUGCUAAUAACAGAAAAAAUACUAAAUGUCUGCAUAUAAGGUUACUGUUUAAAUGUUAUUAAAUUAUUAACCCUUUUCUCCUUUCGGGCAGAAAUGGGUGGAAUCUGUGAGCUGAGCAUCCCCUUUUCAGGGGAUGAAGCCUGCCAAAUUUCACACAGAGGUCCAAGGGAGUUGUGCUUGGCAUCCUUAAAGUUGUUUUGGAAGGAAUAACUCAUUGGGCCCCCUAUGCCUCUACCCCUUCCAGGAACUGACUUGGCAGGCAGCACAAGCUUUGCAGGGCUCCCGCCCCAUACCUGGACUGAUCACUUUACUGAACUAUAUUAAAGAGUACAGUACACUAACACAGGCUUUGUUGUACAUGUGUGUUUCUGUGCCACGUAGCCCCUCAAGAAAGAACACUGCUGCAGAUGGACAGAUACCAAACUGAAAUGAACUGCAACUCAGGCCAGAACGAGGGGUGUGGGGUAAAGGGGAGCAAGGUCAUUCUGAGGAGCUGGGGGUGCUGUGCAUGCGAGAAUCCUCUUUUACCUUCCCAGCAACCCUGUGAAGUAGGCUAGUUUGAGAAAUGGCGAGUGGCCCGAGGUCACUCCAGUCAGUUUUGUGACUCAGCAGGAGUCUCUCCUUGGAUGAGAGGGAUGCAGAGGCCAGGGAAAGGACACCCCUCCACUCAGUUUUAUGCACCACCCUUUGGACCCCCGGGGAAACUCACCAAAUGAAACCUGCUGCCUCCUGGAUCUGGGUGUGUGCAGUGCAACUGAGCUGACUGCUGAACAGGACACAGUGCAGUCUGCAUGGGGUCUAUUCAUAAAAGCAAGACUAGGGCAGUGCCAGCAGGUUCCACGAAGCCCCCUUUCUUCUGAGAUUUUUGGGGGUGAUCUUGGUUGUUUCAGCCCAGGCUGUUGGGAGGGGUUGUGGGGAGAUGUAUCCGAAGGUGAAGGAAUUGAUAGCAGCAUUUAUUUAUCAGAAACUAGUCCUGAUGGUUUUAUUGUGUGGUUCUAUAAUACCUGUCGCUUUUGGCAUACUGCUUUAGAGAUAUGUUCACAUAGUUAUUUUUUAUAUAUAGUCAGGGAAGGGUCAUUGCAUCUCAGUGGUGUCUGCUUUGUACAUAUGCAGAAGGUUCCAGGUUCCGUCCCCAGCAUUUUUUAAAAAAAAAACCCUCUCUUUUUUGCAUUUAAUCUUUAUUAAUCCCAAUUAUCACUCUCCAUCAAAGAUAUAGUAAAGUAACAAGGCUUCCCUCCACCUGAAUGUGGGUCCUCUACAAUUCUAUAUUAACUGCUUAUUGAAUAACAUCUAAUUUAUAUUUAUCCAAUAUAUCCGUAAGUUAUGUCACCGUGCAGGAGUCAUUUCAGAUUUCAGAUGUUUACAAUGAUAUUUUAUGCAUUGUCUGUAUUUGUCCCAUUCUGUGUUAAAUUUUAGGUUGCCAUGAUUCCAAACUUUCCCCAUUAGACUUGCCAUCUCAGCGUACUCAAAUAUUUUUUUUCUGCCAUUCCAUUUUUUAUCCCCAGCAUCUCUAGCUAGGCCUGAGAGACACACCCUACCUGAAAGCCUGGGGAGCGAUUGCCAAUCAGUGUAGACAAUGGUCUGACUUAGUAUAAGGUAGUGUGGCUGCCUAUCUAUAAUUAGGCAAUACAGAAAAGGUCUAAAUAAGGGAGACCCACUCCAGCACACUGACUAACUUGUCAGUGAGUAAGUGCAUCCCAGUGACAGUACUGUUCAGUGGGAAGAGGAGGUGCAUGUGGAAACCUUGAUGCAAGCACCAGUUAUGCUACCUUUACCUUUACCUUUCUACUUCCAAAAAACCUACCUCUUCCUUCUUAGCACCCUUCCUGGGCCCCAUAGACCCCUGCUCUCCCCUCCCAAUGAUCUACCUGGUCAACUUUCACCUGCCCUUGGAGGAAAAAUAAUUAAGAGUAGAGUAGACGAGCCCAGCUGAAGCUGAAACAGACCAAAAGGGUUGCAGCGCCACGACUCCAGAGCCCGAACUGACUUGGCUGCGCACCCACACACAAACACGCGCGCACACAGACACCCACACCCCACGGGGCUGGCGUGGUCGUCCCGCGGCGCGCCCACUCUGCACAUGUUCAGGAGACACCGAUCGCAGUCUGUUGUGUAGCCGAGUUUGGUGCGAGCCCAACUUCCUGGCUGGCUGGGAACUCCCGGCAAAGGCGGGAAGGGGCCGGGCUCGGCAUGCAAAUCCACGCCCCAGGAG